AUGUCGCGGCGCAAGCAGGCGAAACCCCAACACCUCCGCUCGGACGAGGAACUGCCGCCGCCGGACCUGGCCUCGGAGAACGUGGUCCCCGGGGACGGCGGUGCGGACGAAGGUGACAGCGGGAACGAGAGCCGCAGCGGGAGCGAGGAGACGGACGUGUGUGACAAGUGCUGUGCCGAGUUCUUCAAGCGGGCCCACUUCCUGGCGCACAAGAAGAGCUGCACCAAGAAUCCGCUGGUGCUAAUCGUCCACGAAGAUGAGCCAGCACCACCCUCUGAAGACUUUCCGGAACCUUCUCCUGCCAGCUCCCCCAGCGAGCAGGCAGAGAGCGAGCAGGCAGAAGAGGCUGCUCCGGCCGAGACCGGGGAGAGCAGCGAGCUGAAGGCUGCGGACGAGGAAGAGGAGCCCAUGGACGUGGAGGGCCCUGGGGACAAAGGCCCUGUGGCCGCCACCAAGCCAACCCUGCCUCCGGGUCCGGAGCCCACAGCCAUGGCCAGCUACAGCAUGCCCAGCACCAACGUGACCCUGGAGACACUGCUGAGCACUAAGGUGGCAGUGGCCCAGUUCUCACAGAGCGGGCGGGCAGCGGGCGGCGCGGGCCCGGGCAGCGGCGUCUCCGCAGUGGCCAUCCCCAUGAUCCUGGAGCAGCUGGUGUCUCUGCAGCAGCAACAGAUCCACCAGCUUCAGCUCAUCGAGCAGAUCCGCAGCCAGGUGGCCAUGAUGAGUCGCCAGUCGCUGCGGCCCACCCUGAACCCCACGGCUGCGGCUGCCGCCACCCCCACUACCCCUGGGCCGGCCACCAGCCAGCUGCAGGGCUUUGCUGCCCACCCAGCUCUCCAGCUCUCCACUGCAGGGCCCACCCCCAGUGCCCCACCAGCCACUUACGAGGGUCCCCCACUCCUCUCACAGCCCUCGCCCAGGGCCAGCACCCCUGGCGUCCCCAGCAGCGGCCCCCCGGCCCCAGCGGAGCCCACUAUCCCUGUGUCAUCCAGCACGGCCCCCGCCUCAGCGACCCCUCCCUCUGUGUCCAGUGUGGCCAGCAGCUCCUCCCGGCCGCAGAGUGCCCCCACGCCCCCCACCCUGGGACCUGGGAUGCUGCUCACCUCGGCGUCUGGUCUGCCAAACCCACUUCUACCUCAGACCUCUUCCAGUACCGUCAUCUUCCCCAACCCACUGGUCAGCAUUGCGGCCACGGCCAACGCGCUGGACCCGCUUUCAGCCCUCAUGAAGCACCGCAAAGGGAAGCCCCCCAAUGUGUCCGUGUUCGAGCCUAAAGCCAGCUCCGAGGACCCCUUCUUCAAGCACAAGUGCAGGUUCUGCGCCAAGGUCUUUGGCAGCGACAGCGCCUUGCAGAUCCACCUGCGUUCACACACAGGCGAGCGGCCGUUCAAGUGCAACAUCUGUGGCAACCGGUUCUCCACCAAGGGCAACCUCAAGGUCCACUUCCAGAGGCACAAGGAGAAGUACCCUCACAUCCAGAUGAACCCCUACCCCGUGCCGGAAUACCUCGACAAUGUGCCCACCUGCUCCGGCAUCCCCUAUGGAAUGUCCCUGCCUCCAGAAAAGCCGGUGACCACCUGGCUGGACAGCAAGCCGGUGUUGCCGACGGUCCCCACGUCCCUGGGGUUGCAACUGCCGCCCACCGUGCCCAGCUUUGCCGACUCUCCCAGCCUCACACCCGUGAGCCGUUCCCCACAGAGGCCCUCACCUGCCUCCAGCGAGUGCACCUCCCUGUCACCUGGACUCAACAACCCCGAGUCCGGUGGCACGGUGACAGCUGAGUCCCCACAGCCCCUCCUGAGUGCGGCCUCACUGACCAAAACUGAGCCCCUCAGCCUGCCUCCUACAAGCACCAGGGCCGGAGACCCCCCAGCCAGUGGGCAGGCCACUGCCGUGCCCCUGCCAGUGGUCCCUCCGGCCACCGACAGCAACGUACCCUCCAGUCUCUCCAACCCCGGGCUCCCUGCAGCCUCGGACCAGUUCAAGGCCAAGUUUCCGUUCGGUGGCCUGCUUGACUCUAUGCAAACAUCAGAGACCUCGAAGCUUCAGCAGUUGGUGGAGAAUAUUGACAAGAAAAUGACAGACCCCAACCAGUGCGUCAUCUGCCACCGGGUGCUGAGCUGCCAGAGUGCCCUCAAGAUGCACUACCGGACGCACACCGGGGAGCGGCCGUUCAAGUGCAAGAUCUGCGGCCGGGCCUUCACCACCAAGGGCAACCUGAAGACGCACUUUGGCGUGCACCGGGCCAAGCCGCCGCUCAGGGUGCAGCAUUCCUGCCCCAUCUGUCAGAAGAAGUUUACGAACGCCGUGGUCCUGCAACAGCACAUCCGCAUGCACAUGGGGGGCCAGAUCCCCAACACACCCCUGCCCGAGGGCUUCCAGGAGGCCAUGGACACUGAGCUCGCCCUGGACGAGAAGAGUACCGAUGCCCUGAGCAACUAUGAGGACGACGUGGAUGAGAACUCUGUGGAAGACGAUCCGGAGCUGAAGGACCCCGGGGCCGACCCGUCCAAGCCCCUGCUGACCUUCUCCGGCUCCUGCCCGCCCUCACCACCCUCGGUCAUCUCCAGCAUCGCCGCCCUGGAGAACCAGAUGAAGAUGAUGGACUCAGUCAUGGGCUGCCAGCAACUGACCGGCCUCAAGUCCCUGGAGACUGGGUCUGGGGAGAGUGACGACCGUCUGAGUAACGAUUCCUCGUCAGCUGCGGGGGAUCUGGAAAGCCAGAGCGCCGGCAGCCCUGCCACGUCCUCCUCCUCCUCCUCCAUGCAGCCACUGUCCCCCAUCCACAGCCACAGCGAGAGUUUCCGCUCCAAGUCCCCAGGCCUCGGCAACCAGGAGCCUCAGGAACUAGCGCUCAAGACAGAAAAGCCAGACAGCCCAGCACCCCCGGCUUCUGAGAAUGGAGGCGCCCUGGAUCUGACAGCGGCGCCCCCGGGCCGGCCUGUGGUCAAGGAGGAGGCCCCCUUUAGCCUGCUGUUCCUGAACAGAGAACGGGGUAAGUGUGAAAGCACUGUGUGUAGUGUCUGUGGCAAGCCCUUUGCUUGCAGGAGUGCUCUGGACAUUCACUUCCGCAGCCACACGAAGGAGCGUCCCUUUGUCUGCACGGCCUGCAGUCGUGGGUGCUCCACGGUGGGUAAUUUAAAACAGCACAUACUGACGCACACAUUCAAAGAGCUGCCUUCUCAGUUGUUUGAACCCAACUUUGCUCUAGGUCCCAGCCAAAGUUCUCCUAGCCUGGCCACCAGCACCACCCCCACCACCAUCAGGAUGGAAGUGAACGGCCACAGCAAGCCUGUCUCUCUGGGUGAGGGCCCCCCACUCCCGGCUGGAAUCCAGGUCCCCACCGGGCCACAGACAGUGAUGAGCCCUGGUGUCACCCCCUUGUUGGCCCCCCCGCCGCGCCGGACCCCCAAGCAGCACAACUGUCAGUCGUGCGGGAAGACCUUCUCGUCAGCCAGCGCCCUGCAGAUCCACGAGCGGACACACACUGGGGAGAAGCCCUUUGGCUGCACGAUCUGCGGGCGAGCUUUUACCACCAAGGGGAACCUCAAGGUCCACAUGGGGACACACAUGUGGAAUAACGCGCCCGCCAGACGAGGCCGCCGGCUCUCAGUGGAAAACCCCAUGGCUCUGUUAGGGGGUGAUGCCCUGAAGUUUUCUGAAAUGUUCCAAAAGGAUUUGGCAGCUCGAGCCAUGAAUGUGGACCCCAACUUUUGGAACCAGUAUGCUGCGGCUCUCACGAAUGGCCUUGCCAUGAAGAACAAUGAGAUUUCUGUCAUACAGAAUGGGGGCAUACCCCAGCUCCCAGUUAGCCUCGGCGGCAGCGCCAUCCCCUCCCUGAAUAACCUCAGCAGCGGAAUGGACAAGGCGCGCACAGGCAGCAGCCCUCCUGCUGUCGGCUUGGACAAAGUCAGCUUGGAGACAGGGGCCAGCCGCCCGUUCACGAGGUUCAUCGAGGACAACAAGGAGAUUGGUAUAAACUAA